AUGGAUGUGAUUGGAACGCUGGGGCUCGAUACACUCACGUUCCUGGUGGCCACCGUCAUUGUCAUCCCCUUCUUCCGCAGCUUCAAAGCCAGCCCGAUUCUCGGCUUCCUGCUCUCAGGCGUAGCUCUCAACCAGCUGGGGCUCAUCCGCAACAUCUCGGAUGUCAAAGCACUCUCGGAACUCGGAAUCCUCUUCCUGCUCUUCGAGAUGGGGCUGGAGCUGUCUAUCGAGCGACUGAGGGCCCUUGCCAAGUUUGCCUUUGGCAUGGGCCUGCCGCAGGUGCUGCUCACAACGCUCGCCUUCGCAGCGUUUGAGCUCCCACCCAACAACGCCAUCGGCACCCGUCUGCUCGGUUUUGAAGCCCCUUCAGAGUCUCUCACCAUUGCUCACCGCUCCUCACCGCACUUCCCCUCCCCUCCCUCCAACAGCCCCUUAAGAGUCUCUCACCGUUCCUCACCGCUCCUCACCGCACUUCCCCUCCCCUCUCUCCAACAGGUGCUCCUCACCACGCUCGCCUUUGCAGCGUUUGAGCUCCCUCCCGACCAUGCCAUCGGCACCCGCAUGCUCGAGUGGGCUGCCUCUGCCCGCCCUGACCUGGUGAACAUCCGGUCAGUGGACGAGGCAAUAGUGAUCGGCGCUGCUCUCUCACUCUCCUCCUCCGCUUUUGUGCUUCAGCUGCUCUCAGAGAAGGGAGAGCUUGCCACCCGCCUGCUCUCAGAGAAGGGCGAGCUUGCCACCCGCGUGGGCUCAGCCACUCUUGGGAUUUUACUGCUGCAGGACAUAGCGGUGGUGCCUCUGUUGGUCAUCCUCCCUAUCCUUGAGAGCGGGGUGAGUGCUUCGUCGCAGCCAUCGGAUGCGGCUUUUGAGAUGGUGGUGGUGAGCGGGACGUCUCAAAACACUCCUUCUUUCACGUCUGACAUAGCAGCAACCCCAUGCAUGUGUUUUGAGACGUCUCAAAACACUCCUUCUUUCACGUCUGACAUAGCAGUAACCCCAUGCAUGUGUUUUGAGACGUCUCAAAACACUCCUUCUUUCACGUCUGACAUAGCAGCAACCCCAUGCAUGUGUUUUGAGACGUCUCAAAACACUCCUUCUUUCACGUCUGACAUAGCAGUAACCCCAUGCAUGUGUUUUGAGACGUCUCAAAACACUCCUUCUUUCACGUCUGACAUAGCAGCAACCCCAUGCAUGUGUUUUGAGACGUCUCAAAACACUCCUUCUUUCACGUCUGACAUAGCAGUAACCCCAUGCAUGUGUUUUGAGACGUCUCAAAACACUCCUUCUUUCACGUCUGACAUAGCAGCAACCCCAUGCAUGUGUUUUGAGACGUCUCAAAACGCUCCUUCUUUCACGUCUGACAUAGCAGUAACCCCAUGCAUGUGUUUUGAGACGUCUCAAAACACUCCUUCUUUCACGUCUGACAUAGCAGCAACCCCAUGCAUGUGUUUUGAGACGUCUCAAAACACUCCUUCUUUCACGUCUGACAUAGCAGUAACCCCAUGCAUGUGUUUUGAGACGUCUCAAAACACUCCUUCUUUCACGUCUGACAUAGCAGUAACCCCAUGCAUGUGUUUUGAGACGUCUCAAAACACUCCUUCUUUCUCGUCUGACAUAGCAGCAACCCCAUGCAUGUGUUUUGAGACGUCUCAAAACACUCCUUCUUUCACGUCUGACAUAGCAGUAACCCCAUGCAUGUGUUUUGAGACGUCUCAAAACACUCCUUCUUUCACGUCUGACAUAGCAGCAACCCCAUGCAUGUGUUUUGAGACGUCUCAAAACACUCCUUCUUUCACGUCUGACAUAGCAGCAACCCCAUGCAUGUGUUUUGAGACGUCUCAAAACACUCCUUCUUUCACGUCUGACAUAGCAGUAACCCCAUGCAUGUGUUUUGAGACGUCUCAAAACACUCCUUCUUUCACGUCUGACAUAGCAGUAACCCCAUGCAUGUGGCCUGGGAGUGCUGCUCUACAUGGGCCGGUGCUGUCCCCUUACCUUAGUCCUUCCCCUUGUCUCCUCCCCAUCACCCUCCCCCUGCCACCCCUCCCCUCAACAGGAUUUCACAGAAGACAGUCUAUUCCCUCUGCUCGCAGCAGCGGGACUCAAGUCCCCGCUGGGCCUGGGCUUGCUGCUCUACUUUGCCUGGCACUACCUUUCACACCCACCAACACCCUCCCCUCUCCCUCCCUUUCUGCUUCCCCACAGGAUUUUACCGACGGCAGGCAGUCUAUUCCCUCUGCUAGCAGCAGCAGCAGAGGGGCUCAGGAUUUCACGGACGACAGUUUAUUCCCCUUGUUGGCAGCAGCGGGCCUCAAGUCUCUCCUCGGCGUGGGCGUGCUGCUCUACACCAGGGCCGGCUCUCUUCCUUACACGCCCACCAACAACCCUCUCACCUCUACCUCUCCUUGUGCUUCCCCAACAGGAUUUCACAGACGACAGUCUAUUCCCGCUCCUCGCAGCAGCGGGCCUCAAGUCCCUGCUGGGCCUGGGAGUGCUGCUCUACAUGGGCAGGCUCUUUCUCAGAAGGUUCUUCGACUCGGAGCGUUCUUGGCAGGAGUGUUGCUAGCAGAGACCAACUACCGCACGCAGGUGGAGGGGAAUGGAGGCACCAUGAACCCAAACCCGCACUUACUCUCUCCUCUCCUGUGUUCUCCUCCCUGUCUCUCAUGCCUGCCUGUGCUUGCAGCUCGGAGCGUUCUUGGCAGGAGCGUUGCUGGCAGAGACCAACUACCGCACGCAGGUGGAGGCAGACAUUCGUCCCUUCAGGGGUCUGCUGCUGGGUCGAGUUUUGAGUCGUCUCAAAACUUUACUCCUGCUGGGUCGCUUCUUUGCCUCUUGCUGUAUCUGUGGAGGCAGACAUUCGCCCCUUCAGGGGUCGAGGCAGACAUUCGUCCCUUCAGGGGUCUGCUGCUGGGUCUCUUUUUCGUCACCACUGGCACAUCCAUUGAUCUCAGCCUCUUAGCAGCGGAGUGGCCCAACAUAUUGCUCCUCCUCGCCGGCCUCAUUGCCAUCAAGACCGCCAUCAUCACGGCUCUCGGCCCGCGGGUCGGCCUCUCCCUCCCGGAGUCCAUCCGCACGGGCCUGCUGCUGUCCCAGGGAGGAGAGUUCGCCUUCGUCGUCUUUGCCCUCGCCAGCCAGUGA